AGAUAAGUUGGCGCGCGGAAACCUCUGUUGUGUUGACAUUGCGAGAGAGCAAAAUAUUGCAUUUAAAUUGUUAGAAAUAAAUAUACCCAUGGCUCCGGUGUCAAACCCAGAAAAGGACAUGGACAACCCGGACGGUGCAGAAGGUGACGACUGUGGUCUGGCGAUGUCUCGCUCCAGAAGGGAAAAGAAAGAGAAGGUUGGGAGGAAAUCGGCUCUGGAGCAGCUCAGGAAAGCCAAGAGGGGGGAGAAGGUUAAAUAUGAGGUGGAAGACUUUUCGAGUGUGUAUGAAGAGGUGGACGAGGAGCAGUACUGUCGGAUGGUGCGGGAGAGACAGGAUGAUGACUGGAUCAUUGACGAUGAUGGGACAGGUUACGUGGAGGACGGGAGGGAAAUCUUUGAUGAGGAAUUGGCGGAUGACAUCGUGGAGAAAAGCAAAAAAGGUAAAGCUGGAGCUAAAGGAGCAAACUCCCAAAAGAAUGUGAAGAAGGCAGCUGUCACCAAACCCAACAGCAUCAAGAGUCUCUUCAUGAACAGCAAUGUCAAGAAGCCUGCAGAGAAAGAUGUUGACCUGUCCAAAGAUGACCUACUAGGGGACCUUCUGCAGGACUUGCAUUCGGAGAAAGCAUCAAUUCUGUCACCACCGCCGAUCGUCACACUGAAGAAAAAAAAGUCACUUGGUUCUCCCAUAAACCCUUUCUCUGUCAAACCUCAAAACCCAAAGGAGUCACCCUCGGGCUUGGGGUCAAAGGUUAAGAUGUGUCGUCUGGCCCCCACUCGCUUGGCAGCCAAGGUGCCCUCCCGCCCCCCACCCUCUACUGCUGCCCCCGUGGAGAAGAGAGGAAAGAUGGAGGCGGAGGAAGAGGAGGUGGAUGCCAGUCUGCAGUUUGAUGAGGUAGACUUUGAUGAGCCAAUGGAGAUGGGAGCAGAGGAGCUGUCGGUCAAAGAGGAGACGGAGCCUGAGUCGAUGGCUCAGGUCAAAGUUGAGGUGAAGGCGGAGCCUCAGGACCCGGUCCCACUGUCAAGCCUGACGGGGGGGUCGUGGGGUCAAGAGGAAGAGGGCGAGGCCCCAGCGGAGGUGCAGGUCGACCCCAGCAGCCUCCCAUUGGUCGAGGGGCCAGAGGGAGAGCUCAUGUUCCGUUUCUAUUGGCUGGAUGCCUUCGAGGACCAAUACAGCCAACCAGGCGUGGUCUACCUGUUUGGGAAGGUCUGGAUCCAGUCAGCCAAGGCCUACGUCAGCUGCUGCGUGGCCGUCAAGAACAUCGAGAGGACUAUGUACUUCCUGCCCCGAGAAUAUAAGGUGAACACUAAGACGGGGGAGGUGUCGGACACUCCGGUUGGGAUGAUGGACGUGUACCAGGAGUUCAACGAGCUCUCUGAAAAAUUCAAAAUCAUGAAGUUCAAGUCCAAGAAAGUAGAGAGGAGCUACGCUUUUGAGAUUCCUGACGUGCCUACGCAGAGCGAGUACCUGGAAGUCCGCUACUCUGCUGAGUCACCAGCUCUGCCCUCCGACCUGAAGGGGGCGACGUUCUCCCAUGUGUUUGGUACCAACACCUCCAGCCUGGAGCACUUUCUCCUCAGCAGGAAGAUCAGAGGACCCUGCUGGCUGGAUGUCAAGACCCCACAGCUGAACAGCCAAUCAGUGAGCUGGUGCAAGGUGGAGGCGCUGGCCAUUAGGAGUGACCUGGUCUGCGUGGUCAAAGAUCUGGCCCCGCCCCCACUCACCAUCAUGUCCAUCAGCCUGAAGACUGUGCAGAACCCCAAAACCCACCACAACGAGAUUGUGUCCCUGGCUGCCCUGGUCCACCAUAACUUCCACCUGGACAAGGCCCCCCCGCGCCCCCCAUUCCAGACACACUUCUGUGUGGUCAGUAAACCCAGCGACUGCAUCUUCCCUUACGACUUCAAAGAAGCCAUCAAGAAGAAGAACGGUAAGGUGGAGAUCGCCGCCACUGAGAGGACUCUGCUGGGUUUCUUCCUGGCCAAGAUGCACAAGAUUGACCCGGACGUGCUGGUGGGUCACGACAUCUUUGGCUUCGACCUGGAGGUUCUGCUCCAGAGGAUCGCCUUCUGCAAGGUCCCCCACUGGUCCAAGAUGGGCCGUCUGAGGAGGGCCAACAUGCCCAAACUGGGGGGCCGCAGUGGCUUCGCUGAGAAGAGCGCCACCUGUGGCCGGCUGGUGUGCGACGUGGAGAUCUCAGCCAAGGAGCUGAUUCGCUGCAAGAGCUACCACCUGACCGAGUUGGCUGCACAGGUCCUGAAGACUGAGAGGGCCACCAUCUCCCCGGAGAACAUCAAGAACCUCUACAGUGACUCUCCUCACCUCCUGUACCUGCUGGAGCUAAACUGGACAGACGCUCGUCUCAUCCUGCAGAUCAUGUGUGAGCUGAACGUGCUGCCUCUGGCCCUGCAGAUCACCAGCAUCGCAGGCAACGUCCUGUCGCGUACGCUGAUGGGGGGGCGUGCAGAGAGGAACGAGUUUCUGCUGCUGCACGCCUUCCACGAGAAGAACUACAUCGUUCCUGACAAGCCCUCCUUUAAGAAGGCCCAGCAAGACCUGAUUGAGGGAGAGGAGGAUGGAAACGCAGGGAAAGGGAAGCGAAGGAAGAAGGCAGCCUACGCUGGUGGUCUGGUGCUGGACCCCAAAGUUGGUUUCUAUGACAGGUUUGUGUUGCUGCUGGACUUCAACAGUCUGUACCCGUCCAUCAUCCAGGAGUUCAACAUCUGCUUCACCACAGUCACCCGAGAGGCCCAGAGCUCUCGCAAGAAGACAGAGGAGGAGCAGGAGCAGAUCCCAGAGAUCCCAGAGCAGGGCCUGGAGAUGGGCAUCCUUCCCCGGGAGAUCAGGAAGCUGGUGGAGCGCAGGAAGCAGGUGAAGGGCCUGAUGAAGCAACAGGACCUCAACCCUGACCUCUACAUGCAGUAUGACAUCAGACAGAAGGCUCUGAAGCUAACUGCUAACAGCAUGUACGGCUGCCUGGGGUUCAGCUACAGCCGCUUCUAUGCCAAACCACUGGCCGCCCUGGUUACACACAAGGGCAGAGAGAUUCUGAUGCACACCAAAGAUAUGGUCCAGAAGAUGAACCUGGAAGUGAUCUACGGCGACACUGACUCCAUCAUGAUCAACACCAACAGCAACACUCUGGAGGAGGUGUACAAGCUGGGCAACAAGGUGAAGGCGGAGGUGAACAAGCUGUACAAGCUGCUGGAGAUCGACAUCGACGGCGUGUUCAAGUCCCUGCUGCUGCUGAAGAAGAAGAAGUAUGCCGCCCUGGUGGUGGAGCCACAGGCCGACGGGCGCUACAGCACCAAGCAGGAGCUGAAGGGCCUGGACAUCGUGCGCAGGGACUGGUGCGACCUGGCCAAGGAGUGUGGCAACUACGUGAUCGGUCAGAUCCUGUCGGACCAGAGCCGUGACGCCAUCGUGGAGAACAUCCAGCGUCACCUGGUGGAGGUGGGGGAGAGGGUGGCCAGCGGGGCCGUGGAGCUCAGCCAGUACGAGAUCCACAAGGCCCUGACCAAGGACCCCCAGGACUACCCAGAUAAGAAGAGUCUCCCUCAUGUCCACGUUGCCCUGUGGAUCAACACCCAGGAGGGGCGGCGUGUCAAAGCUGGAGACACCGUCUCCUAUGUCAUUUGCCAGGACGGCUCGUCCCUGGGGCCCAGCCAGAGGGCCUACGCCCUGGAGCAGCUCCAGAAGCAGGCCGGCCUCAGCCUGGACACACAGUACUACCUGGCCCAGCAGGUGCACCCCGUGGUGGGCCGCAUCUGCGAGCCCAUCGAGGGCAUCGACGGGGUCCUCAUCGCCACCUGGCUGGGCCUGGACCCAUCCCAGUUCCGGACCCAGGUGCAGCACCAGAGGGAGGAGGAGGGGGAGGGCUUUGUGGGCGCGGCCGCCCAGCUGACAGACGAGGAGCGGUUCAGGGACUGUGAGAGGUUCACCCUGGCCUGCCCGCGUUGCCGUGCUGACAACGUCUACGACAACGUGUUCGACGGCGCGGAUGUGAAAGCAGAGCCCAGCCUGCUGCGGUGCUGCCACGUGCCCUGUGAGGGGCGCCCCAUCAGCCACCCCGUCAACAUCUGCAACAAACUGCUGCUCGACAUCCGGCGACACGUCAAGAAGUACUAUAGUGGCUGGCUGGUGUGUGAGGACCAGGCCUGUCAGAACCGGACCCGGAGGCUUCCCGUCUCCUUCUCCCGCCACGGGCCCACCUGCCCUGCCUGUACCAAAGCUACUCUCCGACCCGAGUACUCUGAGAAGGCCCUCUACAACCAGCUGUGCUUCUACAGAUUCAUCUUCGACUGGGAUCACGCGCUCGCCAGUGGGAAAGGAAAGUCUAUCAAUGCCCAUGAUGCGGCGAAGGACGUUUAUAAGAAGUUAAAGGAGGUUCCAGACCGCGCCCUGGCUGCCAGUGGCUACUCCGACGUCGACCUGGCCAAGCUGUUCCAGGCCUUCGCCUCCCUUAAGUAAAGUCCCUCAUUAACACCCACCGCCCUCAUUGGUCGCUGGGCAUCUCAAGACACCUGACUGGUUUCCCGAGCGUCCUACUGGUAUCUUGGUAGGGAGAAUGUCCCGCCUUCUGGUCUGAUGUUAUUGGUCAUUUGACUUGGGUUUCAAUUCAUGUUCUCAUGCCAUCAUUGAGUGGCGUAAUGACUCAGGUGAUGUUUGUAGAUAUAUAUUUGACACGGUUGGCAUUUGUGUUUGUAAUAUAAUGUGAUGUUGGUUUGGUCAGCAGUGCCAUGUUUCACAAACCUGACUUUUGGGGCCUUUGGUUGUGCGCAUAAGUUUAUAGUAAUUACAGGUAUUUACUCUUGCACUCAUAAGAUCCCCUUGUCUCGUCUGCCGAUUAUGAAACCAUUAUAAGGAUAAAGACCCCAUCACAUUUUUACCCUCCUCCACACACACAGUCAUUCUGUCACUCACUCAUCCCCUGACCCCCUUCACCCCUAUUGGCCCACGCAAAGGGGGGUAGCAAUCAGACUUCAAUGGCUGGUGGGAAGAUUGAGUCCUGGGUUAUGGCGCUGAUAUGUGUGUGUGUGUGUGUGUGUGUGUUAUUUGGCAAGGAUAGUGUGUAGCAGAGGUGAGGGCAGUCCCGAUAUCUUUGCUCUGAUAGGGCUUCUCAACAGCGCUCCCUGGCUACUCCACAGCAUGGCAAUUAGCCAAUGAUACGCACCCUGGCCGCCGAUUCCACUGAACUCCUGUAGCGAUUGGACACUUGUUUUGAUUACCUCCCAAUUCAGACCCUGUGUACGAGAGAAAGAGAGGGAGAUGAACGGGGAAGGAGGACAAUGGUGGAUGAGAUGGGGUUAGAGAGGGCGUUAGCGCUCUUGUCUCCAUAUCAAACUUUUUUUUAAACUAAGCCCUGUUUAAGUGAUGUCAUUAGAUCUGUUCAUUCCAACCUAUUCCUGGUCACUGUUUUUAUUGUAUGUACUGUAAUUGUUUUUUUGUUUUUUUCACUUUGUCGUGAUCUGUGAACUUUCGAUCAAGUGUUUUGAUAUUGAUAUGUCAUUUAAUACAGAAAUAUCAAUAAAAUUUCAA